AUGAUGGAAUGCAAGAGGAUAGGUUUUGACAUAUGUCUCUCAUCCCUCUUCUCAUUCUCCACCUCCUCAAGCCUUGACAAUGGUGGGAUUGGUGUUUACUGGGGCCAAGACAUUCGCGAAGGCAAGUUGAACACAACGUGCGACACUGGAAAUUAUGCGGUUGUGCUAUUAGCUUACCUACGCCAAUUCGGCGAUGGCAGAAACCCGUUUUGGGACUUCAUCGGCCACGACGACGGUGUGGUAGCGUCCCAGAUAAAACACUGCCAGGCCAAAGGCGUCAAAGUGUUCCUCUCCAUCGGAGGACCCAUCACGUUUUACGAGUACUCCCUCAACUCCACCGAGGAUGCAAAGCGCUUCGCCAACUACCUCUACACCAGGUUUCUCAGUGGCCGAUUUGGUCCAAUCGGAAGGGUGGAGUUGGACGGCAUAGAGUUCCACAUCAGAGCCACAGAGGAUCACUGGGAUGACCUUGUCAAAGAACUCGACUUUUUCCGACGCACCAAAGGCCGAUACUUUCACUUGGUUGCUGCCCCUCGGUGUCAAAUCCCAGUUCACAAUCUUGGGAAAGCCAUAGCAACCAAACUUUUCGACCACAUCUUCGUUCAGUUCUACAAUGACCCCUCUUGCGAAUUGUUUCUGUCGUGGGACAAGUGGGUGAACUUGGCUCCGCCCAACAGCAACAUCUUCCUGGGGCUGCUAUCGUCGAUUACUGCAGGGGCAACUGGGUACGUUAGGCCCCAUAUAGUGAAUCGUGAAGUGCUUCCGCAUGUGAAGAAAGCCUCCAACUAUGGAGGAGUGAUCCUGUGGAAUAGAUAUCGUGAUAUUGUAUGGAACUUCAGCGGCAAAAUACUCCCCAAUGUGCCCAAAUCCAUCUUACUCUCGUCUGUGUCUUGA